AUCGGACAGCGCUGUCACCUACAUCCGUCUUCUCCUCGGCUAUUUACUUCGCAGACUUAAAUUCACUACAGUCUUCGUUCGUCUGUAGAAAGCAUUCGCACGUGUUCUACUGCACAACGGACAGGGCGUCUCAUUUUCACGUACUUUGUUUCCCGCCGUGGAGUAAACCAGUGCAACCUGUUUUAGGGUGAGGCGACGCUGGGGAAAGAAGGAGCGAGACGCACAAAAAUACAAGCCUCGACCAGGACUGCAGCAAGGUGCUGUUCUUGGAGAGGGAGGAGGGUUGCACCGGAGAUUCUCUCUGACUGUACCCUCUGUGGUCUUUUGAGGUCGGGGUCGGUAGCUGAGCUGAACCAGACGGCCGCAGGAGUGCAGAGGAUGGAUUCUACAAUGGCCGAGUAGAAAUGUUGACAUUUUUGACAAGCCGCGACGAGCUAAAAGGAGGCCGGUGUGUUCGGAUCAGCCUCUGCACGUUAUCCCGGUAAGGGUGUCGUUUUUUCACCCCCAUGUCUCUGAUCCAAACAUACCCAUCUGAACCAUUAUAACGGCAGUCUAUGGGAUCUGUUGCUAGGGUGCUCUAAAUGGUUGCUAGGGCGUGGCUUGACACCUUCACAGCGAUCCCGAGACUUUGAUUGGUUAGCCCACCCCCACGUCAUUUUCAUGCAAAGUUAUUUUGAUUCGCGAAAUUCUACGGAUGGAUUCUACGAUGGCCGACAUUUUUGAGGCCCGAGGAAGACUGUCCGGGAUCUCAGCGGCGGACUGGACCGGAUUCGGGAGAAAGUAAUUAGCUCCUAAUUAAUUAGGUCCCAGUCUCUUUUAAGUGCAGUGUGGUCCUAGCUAGGCCCGUAUUGACUGAUCACAGCGACGAUGGCUUCACUCAGACGCCGGCGUGGGAGCAUCGAUCAUCCUCCUGACAUGCUAGCUGAUGUUAUUAAUCUCCAAGAAGAAUUGAAUAAACUUCAAAAGGACGUUUUACCAGAAUGCGACAAGCAUAUGCAGAAAACUAGGGACCUCUUCAAUGACUUUAAAAAUGUUCACAGACUUGUCACUUACGCCACGAAAGGAGCAGUACUGACUGGCUAUCUCGGGGUGGUGUUAAUAGCAUUAGCUUUGUUGGUAGUUGAUGAAGAUGAAGAGUUGUAUGAUAUUUUUGCUGGAGCGGGGGCAGUUAUGAGCGCCGUUGCCAUGUUAUGCGUUGCUUUUAGGCAAUUCGGGAAAACGCAGAAGGGGAAAAAAUUAAAACGAGCAAUUAACGAGGAGCUCAAAGAAUUUCGGGAUAAAUACAGCCUUGUUGUUGACGUAGUGGAAAAAAUCGGUCGGUGUACAGAGAAAAUACUGCGAGACGCUUUCGUAGCAGACCACAAAGCCCGGGCGUUAAGUCAACGCUUCACCUUCUCUUUUGAGAAAGGUCUCUUUCAGAAGGACGACGUGUCUAAAAUUGGCCGUUUGUCUGGGAACCUUUCAGAGAUGAUCGCCAAGGUUGCCUCUGUGCCUGAUAUCCUCAAGGAGAUUGUGGGAGAAUCGGCACGUGGGCCUGUACGUAAGAAGGAGGUUAAGGAGAAAGCAGAGAAGUGUAUUACUGAUGUUCAGAAAGGAAUCCGUCAGAUUAAAAAUUCAGUGAAAGACACCAUCCAAACAAUAGAGACAACAUCAGAGCUUUUGUAUUCAAUCUGACUAUAUAUAU